AUGGGUGAACCAACCGCCAAUGGCACCAGGCCAACUUCUCAAUUCCUCUCUCACCUCAUCUCCUACCCCAUCGUCUCUGACUCCCUCACAACCCUCAAGAAGUCCCCCUACGCCCAGAAGCCGCUCGAGUACGCAGACAAGAGCUACUCCCAGCUCGAGCCCAUCUUCCCUUACCUCGCCAAACCAUACGGCUUCGUGGCUCCCUACGUCGAAAAGGUAGACCACCUGGGCAACGAGGGCCUGAACACGGUAGACAGCACCUACCCUAAACUCGUCAAGGCCACCGAGGACGUCCGGGGAACUGUCCGGAGCUACAUCCGCGUCGCCGAGGAUGGCACCAAGUACGUCCGAUCAACCUACGACUCGGAGUGCAAGCUCGCUCAGGGUGGUCCGGUCGUGUUGCAUGGAAAGGCGGCCGUCUCGACCGGGCUGAUGGUCACUUCUCAGUACCUGCUCUGGCUGAGCAACAUCCUAGUCCCGCACAAGGAGAAGGCCCAGGAGAACGGCAACGGUGCUGCAAAGGCCAAUGACGCCAACUGA